AUGGUCCCAGGCGAGGAUAUCCAAUAUCAAGACUGGGAAUUCAUGGUCACUACCCCACCGUCAUCGUCAGGCUCACACUGGACAGCGUCGGACUCCCCAUCUUUCGCGGUCACUAGCCCAAAUCUUACCUUCGACUCGACGGCGCCCAUGGCGGACAAUAUAGCCCCAAACGAGCCUACAAACGUCAAAAUUGUAGAGAACUGGUGGUCAGAAAAUACUGGAUUUGUCAUUCUUGAGGCAGAGGGGCGCCUUUUCAAGAUGCUGGCCACAUUAUUUCUAAGAAAAUCCCCUGUUUUCAAGGCCGCUUACGACGGCUCCCCAACCUCACCACCCGUUUUCUGCAAGAAGAUAUAUGUAGGAUCGGGGUCUGAAAUCAUUCAAAAAACGCAAGGAAAAGAUAUCAUCGUCUUUGAAAUGCUUGAUGUCACUGCUAAAGAAGCUGAGGAAUUCGUGCAUGCUCUUCUUGAUCCUGAACACUUCGACAGGCCCCCCAAAAAAGAAAAAUUUGAGGUCAUUUUGGCCAUUUUUAAACUGGCUUCGCUUUAUGAGGUGAACUACUUGCGGCGGAAUGCGCUGGCUCAUUUGGAAUUGGCAUAUCCGUGCACAAAUAUAGAGGACUGGGAUUCCAGAGAACAACGAUCAACAUUCUCAGUGGACCGCUCCGCCGAGUUUUAUCAGACAAUUCCUCAUACAUUGACGAAUACCUUCUCCCUAAUUGAACUUUGCAUGGCUCAUCGCGCCUUCUGGAUUUUGCCUGCGGCAUUUUAUGAAUGCUGUCUCUACAACGUCGACAAAAUACUGGAGCACCCUAAAUGGGCAGAAUGUAACGACGACUCACUACUGCCGGCGAUAAAAAACAAGAUUAUAACAGGGUUUAUCUCUCAGAAGGAAGAGACAUCAAGGGUUCUCUCCUUCCUACAUGUCUCCCUUCCUCAAUGCAAUUCUAGCAGAAAGUGCAAUGAAAUUCGACAAGGAGAAUUGGCUAACAUAUAUAUCACCCGCGGGAAUAAGCGCCGCGAUAUGGACUUCCUAGGGACUGUCUGGGACAAAGGCGAUUGGGACGAAUUUGGCGAACAAGGGAUGUGUGGUCAAUGCCUGAGCAUGUGCCGCUCAUACCAUAACAAUUUCAGAGUCGAUGCUUGGGAGAAUCUUCCUAGUUUAUAUGACUUGCCCGACUGGGACUCUCUGCGCGAACUACGUUCACAUGUGAUGAAGUAUUAA